GGCGGCCAAGGCUGCUGUGAGAGGGCGCUCGAGGCUGCCGAGAGCUAGCUAGCGAAGGAGGCGGGGAGGCAGCGUCUGCACUCGCUGGCCCGCUCGCUCGCUUCCCGGCGCCGCUGCGGGUUGGCGCUGCGUUUCCUGCUCGCUAACCACUCCGUUGCCCGCGCCGGGAGCAGCAGCCCCUCGGCCGGGUCCGGGCUCGGUUCGGGAGUCUUGCGUGCCGGCGGUCACCGCGCCGGGAGCGAGCUAGCGCCACACCUGUGGAGCCGGCGGCCGUCGGAGGAGUCGGUCGGGGUCCUGCCGCGUGCGUGCUCUCGGGAGCGGGCGGCCCGGGUCCCGGGGGAGGCGCGCCCCCGCGGCUGGGCGCCGCGGGCACUAUGGGGCUCCCAGCUCUCGAGUUCAGCGACUGCUGCCUCGAUAGCCCGCACUUCCGAGAGACGCUCAAGUCGCACGAAGCAGAGCUGGACAAGACCAACAAAUUCAUCAAGGAGCUCAUCAAGGACGGGAAGUCACUCAUAACCGCGCUCAAGAAUUUGUCUUCAGCGAAGCGGAAGUUUGCAGAUUCCUUAAAUGAAUUUAAAUUUCAGUGCAUAGGAGAUGCAGAAACAGAUGAUGAGAUGUGUAUAGCAAGAUCUUUGCAGGAGUUUGCCACUGUCCUCAGGAAUCUUGAAGAUGAACGGAUACGGAUGAUUGAGAAUGCCAGCGAGGUGCUCAUCACUCCCUUGGAGAAGUUUCGAAAGGAACAGAUCGGGGCUGCCAAGGAAGCCAAAAAGAAGUAUGACAAAGAGACAGAAAAGUAUUGUGGCAUCUUAGAAAAACACUUGAAUUUGUCUUCCAAAAAGAAAGAAUCUCAGCUUCAGGAGGCAGACAGCCAAGUGGACCUGGUCCGGCAGCAUUUCUAUGAAGUAUCCCUGGAAUAUGUCUUCAAGGUGCAGGAAGUCCAAGAGAGAAAGAUGUUUGAGUUUGUGGAGCCCCUGCUGGCCUUCCUGCAAGGACUCUUCACUUUCUAUCACCAUGGUUACGAACUGGCCAAGGAUUUCGGCGACUUCAAGACACAGUUAACCAUUAGCAUACAGAAUACAAGAAAUCGCUUUGAAGGCACUAGAUCAGAAGUGGAAUCACUGAUGAAAAAGAUGAAGGAGAAUCCCCUUGAGCACAAGACCAUCAGUCCCUACACCAUGGAGGGAUACCUCUACGUGCAGGAGAAACGUCACUUUGGAACUUCUUGGGUGAAGCACUACUGUACAUAUCAACGGGAUUCCAAACAAAUCACCAUGGUACCAUUUGACCAAAAGUCAGGAGGAAAAGGGGGAGAAGAUGAAUCAGUUACCCUCAAAUCCUGCACACGGCGGAAAACAGAUUCCAUUGAGAAGAGGUUUUGCUUUGAUGUGGAAGCAGUAGACAGGCCAGGGGUUAUCACCAUGCAAGCGUUGUCGGAAGAGGACCGGAGGCUCUGGAUGGAAGCCAUGGAUGGCCGGGAACCUGUCUACAACUCGAACAAAGACAGCCAGAGUGAAGGGACUGCGCAGUUGGACAGCAUUGGCUUCAGCAUAAUCAGGAAAUGCAUCCAUGCUGUGGAAACCAGAGGGAUCAACGAGCAAGGGCUGUAUCGAAUUGUGGGGGUCAACUCCAGAGUGCAGAAGUUGCUGAGUGUCCUGAUGGACCCCAAGACUGCUUCUGAGACAGAAACAGAUAUCUGUGCUGAAUGGGAGAUAAAGACCAUCACUAGUGCUCUGAAGACCUACCUAAGAAUGCUUCCAGGACCACUCAUGAUGUACCAGUUUCAAAGAAGUUUCAUCAAAGCAGCAAAACUGGAGAACCAGGAGUCUCGGGUCUCUGAAAUCCACAGCCUUGUUCAUCGGCUCCCAGAAAAAAAUCGGCAGAUGUUACAGCUGCUCAUGAACCACUUGGCAAAUGUUGCUAACAACCACAAGCAGAAUUUGAUGACGGUGGCAAACCUUGGCGUAGUGUUUGGACCCACUCUGCUGAGGCCUCAGGAAGAAACAGUAGCAGCCAUCAUGGACAUCAAAUUUCAGAACAUUGUCAUUGAGAUCCUAAUCGAAAACCAUGAAAAGAUAUUUAACACCGUGCCCGAUAUGCCUCUCACCAAUGCCCAGCUGCACCUGUCUCGGAAGAAGAGCAGUGACUCCAAGCCCCCGUCCUGCAGCGAGAGGCCCCUGACGCUCUUCCACACCGUUCAGUCCGCAGAGAAACAGGAACAAAGGAACAGCAUCAUCAACUCCAGUUUGGAAUCUGUCUCAUCAAAUCCAAACAGCAUCCUUAAUUCCAGCAGCAGCUUACAGCCCAACAUGAACUCCAGUGACCCAGACCUGGCUGUGGUCAAACCCACCCGGCCCAACUCACUCCCCCCGAAUCCAAGCCCAACUUCACCCCUCUCGCCAUCUUGGCCCAUGUUCUCGGCGCCAUCCAGCCCUAUGCCCACCUCAUCCACGUCCAGCGACUCCUCCCCCGUCAGGUCUGUUGCAGGGUUUGUUUGGUUUUCUGUUGCUGCCGUUGUUCUCUCAUUGGCUUGGUCCUCUCUUCAUGCAGUGUUCAGCCUCCUCGUCAACUUUGUUCCCUGCCAUCCAAACCUGCACUUGCUUUUUGACAGGCCAGAAGAAGCGGUACGUGAAGAUUCCAGCACACCGUUCCGGAAGGCGAAAGCCUUGUAUGCCUGCAAAGCUGAACAUGACUCAGAACUUUCGUUCACAGCAGGCAUGGUCUUCGAUAAUGUUCACCCAUCUCAGGAGCCUGGCUGGUUGGAGGGGACUCUGAACGGAAAGACUGGCCUCAUCCCUGAGAAUUACGUGGAGUUCCUCUAACCGUGGGCCCCAGCAGAACUGCUGAGCUUUACAUGGUAUCCAUGACAACUGCUGAUUCCAGUGUCGUAGGCCAUUUCUCUUUGCCACUGAGAAAUGCAGCGUGACUGACUCUGUUGCUACCUGUCAACAUGAAUGUUUCUGUGAGCUCUGGUGUCACUCAUCUCCAUGAUCAUCUCAGCCAACACUCGUCAAUACUGCAAGAAAAGAAGUCAAUCAGCAGAGGAGACCAUUUGCUUUUGAUAACUAAGAGGAAGACUUGCAAAGCCGUUUUCUCCUGAGUACCCUAAAUAGGGGGCACUCAUUUUGUUUCAACAGUCCGAACGCCCAACCUUCACAAAGAGGAAGUCAGAUAGAAGUAGUCCCCGAGAGCACACUGCGUAGCUAAGUCUGCUGGGGCUGGGUGAAGAAAUUGGCGCUGAGAUCCAGGCUGGAUCCAUUGCUUUUGUUUACAGUAGGCACUCUCUCUACCCCACCUCUCAGUACUUGAGACUUAAAGUGCUACAGGCAGCUGAGUCUGUUUGCAUGCAGGAUGAAGAGGGUUAAAGCACUGUUUAUAUAAGAUCCAAUCUCUCACCAUCUCUAAAGCAGCCGUUGGCCCAUCAUCAGUGAGAUAUAGUCCAGUCUUCUCAUGCAUGGGAACACACACACCCUGCGUUUCUCCCUCCCCGGCUAGGAACCUCUCUGCCACCAAGGGCUGCCAUCCAUCGCCUAGUAACCACGGCAACCCAACCUACUCUAAAACCAAACCAAAAAAAAUAAAAUAACACAUCCUCUUUGCAUGACACAUUUUUUCUCUCCCCUUUUUGGUAUACUUUUAUUGAAUGGUUUUCUAACAACUUGAAGCACAGGAUCAAGGAAUUAGGGUGGUCUACUUGAGGCAGACGGGAUAGUAGCUGAGAACUGUUCCCCUUCUGAUGAAUUUCAGCAGCAUCGGGAUAUAUUUGGAGCACACCUUAGUAAUCUCUUGAGAUUAAAUUACAUAGUCUUAAUAUUUCUGUUCCUCCAUGCAACUGAUGUUUGUUUUUUAAAGGGUAAGAUGCUGCCUCCCAAUGGGUGACACCAUCUGGCUGGUUUCCCCAUGUCUUCCUGUUCACCCAUCCCUGCUCCCACCCUUGCCUGCCUCUAACCCACCACUGGCCAGCCCCCUUGCCCUGCUCUGGGCUGCUGAACACUGGUGCUGUGGUGGUUUUCAAGGUUAAUUCCUAGGCUAACCGUAUGGCCUAUUUUAAAAGGACAUCUAUAUUCACUGCCACUCCGAAAAAGGGAAUUAUUUCUCAGUCUUUUGAGGCAUGAGACUAAUAUAGGCCAUUGUGAUUCAGAAAAAAACCCAAGGUUGGAGGGUGGGAUGGGUACCCUCUGAAAAAGGGAAUUUGCUGGUGAAAAGAGGCUGGAUCUUGUGGAAGACUGCCUUCGAUGGGGAAGUUCUGCCUGGACAUUUCAAAUUCACUUGGCCUUCAAACAACAGAGUCAUCCAUAUCUUCCACAUGUGAAUGUCAUUGCAAGGGUGACUCUAGACAAACUACAAACCGAUGGAUGGUCAGGCUCCCCAGGAGCCCCUUGGAUGGCAGCGUUGCUUCAGAGUGUUUCCUGUUUCUGGAAUUCCUUGUUAGGGAAUGUCAAAGAAGAAAAGAAAAACUUGAAUUGUGUGGAAUUACUGUAUCUUUUACUUUUUUUUUGAAAAGAUAAACUUGUAAAUAGAAUGAUUUGAAAUACUAUAUGGCAAAGUUUUAUAUUUGAUAUUCUUUAAGCUAGUUGCUCACACGCUUAGUCUUCAGUUGCUGAAGAAGUAUGUUUAGGAGGGAGAGAGGGGCGGCAAAGCUGAAGAGAGUCAAGGUCACUGUCCCCGCUUCGGCCUGAAGGAAAGAGAAGACAUUCCUAUGGCCUUGCUCUCUGCUGUCCCGUUAGUGGGCAUGAUACAUCAGUGGUGUUCAGUCUUUAUGUGUUUCUGAGCAUCCCUUGGGCUUUGGAUUUGGAGAUGGGAAGAGCAUCUCCAGGCAAUGAGUUUUUCAAAGAAUGCCUACUUAGUAGUAAGAUGAAGCUCAGGAUUUAAAUAAGUGGGGUCAGGCAUUUGAUUUUUUGUCUUUCUUCUCAGGUGUAUUUCUUGGUACCCCCAAGAUAUCAGGACAGAAAGAGAUGAGUCAAUUGCUGUGUUCUUUGCUUCUUUUUCUCCACAUCUUCUGAGACUUCAGAAAUGUGGACAAGCUAGUUUUCAAAUUUUGUGUGCAUCUGUAAGUUCUUAAAAAACGAGCUUCUUAGAAUGUUCAGUUUUCAAUGUGUUGCUGCUUUCCUUUUUCCUAAACAUUUUUAAACUCUUCCCUUUCACCUCCAAUUCCCUAUGAUCCCAAAGGAAGAGGAAGACUCCAGGAGGGAUGUAGAUUGUGCCAUCAUAGCUUUACAGGUGGUUUUAAAGUUAACAGGGGUUUGUCAUGGCAAUUCACUACUUAAUUUAUCAGCUCAAGGAUUAUAUGACUCUUUUCCAGGAACUCACCCAAGAGCAAGCUAGACACUACCAUCGAAUCAGGGAAUAAGAAUUAAGAAUGGACAGGACCAAGAUAGAACUCGAGAAAGCCAUUGGAGAAAACUCAAGAAGAAAGGGAGUGUACUAAUAGGUUACAUCUGUGGACUUGAGGACAAGAAGACCUUGGGAAAUGGGGGCCUCAGGGGAUGUGCAUUCACCUACUAUUGUGUUUCCCAAAGAGAGACCAAUAUCAUGCUUUUAACACAUACAAUGGGGUUUUUUAUUUGUGUUUUUGUUUGUUUGUUUGUUUGAUUUUUGAGGCGAGUCUCGCUCUGUGACCCAGGCUGGAGUGCAGUGGCGCAAUCUUGGCUCACUGCAACCUCAACCUCCCAGGUUCAAGUGAUUCUCCUGCCUCAGCCUCCCAAGAAGCUGGGACUACAGGCAUGAGCCAUCACACCCAGCUAGUUUUUUGUAUUUUUAGUAGAGACGGGGUUUUGCCCUGUUGGCCAGGCUGAUCUCGAAGUCCUGACCUCAAGUAGUCUGUCCGCCUCUGUUCCCCAAAGUGCUGGGAUUCCAGGUGUGAGCCACCAUGGCCGACCACAUUUGAUGUCUGAAGUUGUAAUCUGUCCCAUCAUAAACUUACCUGGAGCUCAUGUGGAGGAACAGAAGGCCAAGGUCCUUGCUUUGGGAGUGCCUCACAAAGCAUCCCUGUAGACACAUGGCCCCAGCUUCACUGCUUGGAAUCAUGUCCCUCCCUCCUGAGUUGGCUCUGAUUUGAAACCAGGAGAAACAGAGCUGCUGCCAAUGGGAUCUUUUAGGUAACCCCCUCUCCAGCUUCCAUGUGUCUGUGCAGUGCCCAUGAGUUGCUGCCAAUGGGAUCUCUUAGGUACCCCCUCCCCAGCUUCCCUGUGACUGUGUAGUGUCCAUGACAGAUGGCUGCCAAUGGGAUCUUUUAGGUAACCCCUCUCCAGCUUCCCUGUGUCUGUGUGGUGCCCUUGACAGAUGGCUGCUGUGUUUCCCUUUGCGCAGCCAGGCUCCCCUCCUUCCUAUUAGCUACAAAACUGGAUAAACUUCAGAAUAUGAGCCAAUGAGUAGGAAGGAACUUGAAGACUAAAAGAUUUUACUCUCUCCCCUAUCCAUGCCCCCUACCUCUGACUCUGUGUGAACAGGAAACUUUAGGCCAGAUGCGGAGAAUGAAUUGGUUGGCAGAUGAAGAGAAUGAAUUGGUUAUCAGAGUGGAAGACCAUGGCCCAGGAUCCCUGAGCUUCCCCAGUAGCCUCCAGUUUGCUUUGUAAGACCCAGGAAUCACUUAGCCAUAGCCUGAAUCUUUUAGGGGUAUUAAGGGCAGCCUCUCACUCUCCCUUCAGGUUACUAACAAAAUGUCAUAGUUAAAGACCAUCCUGGCUAACACGGUGAAACCCCGUCUCUACUAAAAAAUACAAAAAACUAGCCGGGCGUGGUGGCGGCGCCUGUAGUCCCAGCUACUCGGGAGGCUGAGGCAGGAGAAUGGCGUAAACCUGGGAGGCGGAGCUUGCAGUGAGCUGAGAUCCGGCCACUGCACUCCACCCUGGGCGACAGAGCCAGACUCCGUCUCAAAAAAAAAAAAAAAAAAAAAAAAAAAAAAGAAUGCCGUGCCAGGAGAAGAUAGCUGGUUUCAAAUCCCUGCCCCCAGGCAAGUAAAACCCUGACUUGCUCAAGACAGAAGAUCUUCUCUCCUGUUUUUCAAAAUAAUCGUAUAUAGAGAUGGACCCUGUGCAGUGUGGCCUGCCUUGGUGUCCUAGAAUUGGAGCCAGUCUUUCGCUUAAUGUCCAAAGUAUUUCUACGGCCAAUAUGUGUUUUCUUACGUCAGACCAAACUCUUUUUGAACAUCAGUUCAUUUCCUUUCGCCAAGUGCUUUUUGGACAGAGAGGCAAAGAGAAUGAACAAUCAAGUAUUGACAGACUGGCAUUAGCAGGACAAAGCCAUACUAGUGACAAGGGCAUUCCAAGGCACUUGCCCAGAGCUACAGAGUUGGGUGUGCCAUACCUGCGGCCCAAAGGGAGGGCCUUCUAUCCCCUGAGUUUCUAUUGCCUGAGAAUGGCAACUGCUGUCUCACUAAAAGCUCUGUCUUGACUACAGAGGCUCCAAAAGCAUUCACAGAUGAGGGGGAGGAAGACAGAAAGAAGAAGCCAAAGAUAACCUGAUCCCUGCCUGUCUGUUGGCACCUGUCAUCCUCUGGCUUCUGCUCCCAAAAGCAAGUCUGGACAACUGAGUUUUGUGGACAUGGCGCUCCCAGAAUUUGCCCAAGUACUGAAUGUUUUGUGAUCAACCAUAUUCCCCAAGUAGGUAGCCAGCACUGCAGAAACCAAACAGCCUGUUAGCUACCUGACUUUAAGAGGAAUGACCUAGGUGUUCUGCCAAGGGAGUUAUCUGUCAUCUCUGGCAAACUUGACAAUCAUCACUUACCUCGACAAUCCUGCCCCACAUCCCUUUAUAAAGUCAGCAGGAUGUCCUCUCACCCACCCUGUGCUGGUGUCUAAAAAAUUUAUCUUGUCAUGCUCAAAUGUGUUUGGCAGCCACACUGAUCGGCUGGGUGCUGAACCACCGCUCUGUAAUUGUAGCAUCAAAAUGACAACAGCAGCAGAGCGGCAAAUCUUGCCCAGCCCCACAGCAUGCCUGAGACAAGACUCCAACAAGUAAUAAUUAACUUUUUUCUCCUGCCGCCUACAGUACCUGUCUAACUAAAGAGCUUCCCAAAGUGGAGGGAAAGGCCAUAGAGAGAAUCCAGGUGUUAUUCAGAGUCAGUCCUUGCUGAAAUGUGGUCUUCCAGUGGAAGCACCUGUAUUCUUGGGAGGAAAAAGUGCUGGAUGCAAAGUAACACCAGGACCAGAGAGAAAGAGGAAGGUGAACUAUCCUAAGGAGCUUUGGAUACUUUUUUAGAAGGAUAAAUAUUGUGCUUACUGAGGAGAGAAAAAAAAAACCAAUCACAGAAAAAUUUCACAGCUAAUAUUUUUACAAAAGUUGUGCCGGACAUUACAAAACUUCUCUCAAGGUGGAAUGCUUUAGAGAACAAAGGCUUAGCACAGGCCCAGACCCUUGUGUGGGUAUGACAUGACGUGACACGUACAUGUCAAAGUUCGCUUUAGUAUAGUCAGAACCAGAGUAUUGAUAAACAAAAUGUUAGUUACCUGGAGCAGUCCUGGAGAGGCUAAGACAUCCUAUACUGUUGUACAUCAACCAUUUCUACAAAGUUAUCCAGACACCUAAAAGCAGCUUUCUUGGUUAUCCAGAUCCAGUUUCUUGGUUAUGCCAGAAUCAGCCUUGUAUCUGACAAUGCACAUCUGUUGAUUCUAAAGUAUAUUUGUGUGUGUGUGUAUAUACAGCACAUAUUUACAUCUAUGAAGACACAGACACUCAUAGAGACCCACAUGAGCUGGCACUUGCUGAGCCUUUACAGCCUUUAAGACUUGGAGGUUGAGAAUUAGAGACAGAAGAGAGGCUGUUGAUGGCCUAUUAAAAUGAUCAAAAAUGUAAAUUCAGUGCCAUUUAAAAACUGUUCAUACUUAUCAAAUGAUUAUCUACAGCUACAUUCUUUGUUAACUUAUUUAAAGUCAUGUUGCAAAAAAGGUCAAACCCAUGAAUGCUUAGUAGCUAAGGCUAGUGUUCAGAAGCACUCUAAAAGACAUUUUGUCCACAUUUUGGAAAAGAAAAUAUUUGCAUGUUUAAUCAUAAUUUAGACUACCUUUGAGUAUACUGUAAAGUGCUGUGUGAUAUAAUAUCAAUAAAGUACUUAUUAAAUGGCACUUUAAUCUUUUCUUUUAAAAUAACGCACUGUUCUAAACUUCAGUAUUGACUAUUGACUGGUGCAUAGAAUCCAAUGCUGUAAUUAGAAAGUAAUCUGUGACUAGAAUAGACCUUUGUCCCUGUUAGUAGUCCUGUUGCCAUGUUCAGGCUUUUAAAAAAUGUGCUUUUGUGUCACAAAAUACAUCUAUAAAGAAAAUACAAUUUCUGUUCAAAGGCCUCUGAAACUUGGCUUUCUUACAUUUGGUUGGUUUAUGUGAUAAUCCCUAUGAAAUGAGUGGACGUGUGAUUUUUGAAUUAAAUGUCUUUUCCAUUUGGUGGUA